AUGGUCCUUCGAAAGUGCACCAUCUGUGACCGCCGGUUCAAGAAGACAGAGCAUUUCAAACGCCACGAGCGGUCACACACCAAAGAACGUCCCUACGAGUGCAAUGUUUGUCAUAAAAGCUUUUCCCGAAGCGAUGUCCUGAGUCGCCAUGCCAAAGGCCAUAAUCAAGGCACAGCUACUGGGACCAAGUCGAAAGAUUUAGGUGGAAACAAUGCAUCAAAUCGACACCCCUCCACUGUAUCCGGAGCAUCGCCGAUGAUGGCUGGCCCUGGUAUAGAGAAUGGGACGCAUUUGUUACCUCCCAUUGGUGCAGAUGCGCAUCAAACCACCAAUGUUCCAGUCCCCCGGGAUAUGUCGCUUUCAACUCCCGGGAUUCCACAUUCCCCGUUAGACUUUCUCGCGAAUAUCUCGGCACAGCAAGGCCGAGCUGAUUCUGAUAUCCACCCCAUGUUUGAAGACCAGCAGCAGUACUUCAGCUGGAACGAAGUGACUCCUUCAGAUCAAACCAUGCAGCAAGUUAGUGCAGGGUUCGAGGAUGUACCGAACGAUAUGCUGCAAUUGUGGCUUGAGCCUCGCACAGAUGGAGGAUCCAAUCAUGGAUCGCUGGAUAUGGGCCAUUUGCCGUUAAUGGGAGACAAUGUCGUGAUGACUCCAGAUCCCCAGAAUCGACGUUCAAUUGACAGUGGCCAGUCUGGAGGUGACAAUAUUCCUAAUGAACGAUUUUCCAGGGUACAGCGGUGCUGGCUUGCGCCAACGAAUCAUGGUCGGCUGGUGAAUAGCCUUUGGCGAGAUAUUGUCUACACUAAUAUUGACAAUGUGUUUUCGAUCAAACCUUCGAAUCUGCCCAGUGAUAUCAACUUGGUUCAAGGGUCUCGAUAUGGGGUGGAUGAUAAUUGCAGACGCUCUUUGCAGGCAGCAUUUGCCCAGACGCCAUUUCCCUUUUCGCAAAUGCAGGCUUUAAGAAAUGAUAUUCCAUCCCCUGCCAUGUCUGGCUCAACUUCUACAUCAUUCCCUCAUUUUCCUCCGGCGGAGGUUUUGGACAUGGCAUUAGACCUUUUCUUUCGGAAAUUCCAUCCUCUUGUGCCGUUUGUUCACCUCCCGACCUUUUCUGCAAAGGGAACGCGCCCGUCCCUCCUCUAUGUGAUGUGUCUCAUUGGAAUGAUGCUUAUGGGAACCAAGGGUACGGCGACUUUUGUUCUACGGAAUUUUACGCAUAUGCUUGAGAAGAUCACAUCUGAGCUGGCUAGAUACACUGUAGGUGGGGAAAGCCCGGCUAAUACUGUGUCUAUCUAUGCCACUGCUUUUCUCUUCUUGAACUUGGCAGUGUUGACAGGAGAGAAGUCCCAUUUAGAGCAAUGCCAAAUGCUCUAUGUCAACCUUAUGUCGAUUGCCCAGAGGAAUGGACUCUUCGCUGCUACUGAGGGCCAAAUACUUGAUAUGACACUUUUCGAAAGUGUACCUGACAUUGACAUGCGAUGGAAAGCCUGGAGUAAAGUCGAAUCUACCAAGAGAGUUAUCAUCGGUCUCCUUCUUCUGGAUUCUUGGUAUUCAUCUCUGCUUUCAAACAGUCCAAUUAUUGCCCCCGACUCAAUACAAAUCAUCAUGCCCUGCCACGAAGCUCUCUUCCGCGCACACUCUUCCAUGCGAUGGACUCAACUCAUCCGCGGUGGCAAGAGAAUCCUCGCUUCAACGGUGCUGGCACCGUCUGAAAACAUCAACAUUCCCACCCUAGAAGGCCCUAUGGACGACUUCAGCAUUCAAGCGGUACUCGCAAUGGUCCAAUUACGUCAAUCAGAAGCUUAUCACCGACUUCUCUCCAAUCGUGCCAGCUACCCCUUCGCACCCUGUCACACAUACGCCAUGGACGGUCGAGCCCGGUGUCUCCCAUCCCUUCAAUCACAAAUAUCAACAUUUUAUGGCGAAUCACUUCUUCAACUCAGCCCGAACGCCCUCGUCAUGUGGCACCACAUGUGCAUGACUCUCACGGCUGACAUUCAGAUCUUCGAAUUCGCAGCUGGUCGAGCCGGUCCUAUUCCCGCGCGAAAAGCCCUCGAUGAUAUCGCUCAGUGGUCGCAGACCCCCGCUGCUAGACGGGCCUGCCUACACGCAGCACAUAUCUAUAAAGCAAUGGUCAACCGCAAAGCGUCCGACCAUCCAACCUUUCAUUCUGUCUUCGCAGUCUUCUCCGCCGCUCUAGUAUUAGGUCUAUACACAUUCAUGGUCCCCAAUUCCGCAAGCACCCCUUCUGGUGUUGGUUCUAUCGACCUGAUGGACGAUAUCGACUGGGGCCAGGUUGGAACUGAAGGAUUCACCAGUUUCAUGGAACCCAGAGGAAGCCAAACAUUCUCGCCGACGGAUGACGCGGCGGUCAAUUUUAUUCGCAAUGGUGCUACGAUUUAUCUUCGUGGAGUUCCGUUUCAAGGGGGGUAUCAGUCUGCUCGAAGAACUUUUCUAGAUUACGCGAGUCUUCUCAAGGAUUCUGGAGAGUGGAGUGUGAAGAAAUUUUCGUAUGUGCUUCAUAUUAUGAGUGAUGUGUUGAUGGAUGUAGAAUGA